AUGGAUCCAAGACUCUACAGUGUUGCAAGGCUGGGAAGCCUUGCUGCCUUGAAUUCCUUACUAGAAGAAGAUCCACUUCUCCUAGAAAAAGUUGCUCUAUCCUCCUCUGCUGACACUCCACUGCACAUUGCCACACUUGCUGCUAACACGGACUUUGCAAAAGAGAUGCUCCUCAGAAUGCCCAACUUUGCAUGGGAAUUGAACCAGGAUGGGUUCAGUCCCUUACACAUAGCUGCAGCCAUGGGCAACAUUGAGAUAACCAGAGAGCUUUUGUCCCUGGAUUCGGGCCUUUGCCUUGUUAAGGACAAGGUGGGUCGAACUCCACUUCACUGCGCAGCUAUCAAAGGGAGGGUGAAGAUAGCAGGGGAGUUGCUUUCCCACUGUUACGAGGCUGUUAAAGAAGUAAGUGGUGGAGGGGAGACUGCUCUUCACUUGGCUGUGAAGAAUAGCCAGUUUGAAGUGCUCAAAGUUUUGGUGGAAAAACUUGGGGAGGAUGAUCGUGAUCGACUCAUAAACGCCCGGGAUGAUCAAGGCCAUACCGUCUUGAAGUUGGCUGUGGCUAAGGGUCAGGUCCAGAAUUGCCAUUGCUAUUAUAUAAGUACUGACGACUUCAAAGUAAAUGCAGGCACAGAACUUACUCAAGAAUCAAAGCAAGCAAGACAAGGAUGUUUCAGAGGUCUCUCCCCGAGAUGUCCACGACCAGCAACCUCAAACUGA